AUGUCGACACCAUGUCGCUCUCCAUCGUGGCCAUGCGAGCUCGGAUCAUCUCACGUUACCGUCUUGGCGGCGCCGGCAGAAACUCGCAGCUUCCUGCACAACCUCACCGUCGACCUCCCAUCUCCCCUCCACUGUCUUGCCAGCCCAGCCAGCCGUCAAGAUGAGCUUUAUCCAGAAGCGCGGUCUCUCGACCCUGAUCCCUCCCAAGGUCUGCCUGCAGUCAUCGGAUCCUCUCCCAAUGCGGUCCGCAUGCAGAAGGUGGUGAGCUUCUACGAGAAGCUUCCCCGUGGCCCGGCCCCCGAGCCUGAGGGCAAGGGUCUCCUCGGCCGCUACCAGAAGAAGUACAUGGGCAAGAACGCAUCGGCAAGACCACUCGUCCACGUCAUUGGCUUCUUGAUCGCGUUCGGCUACGCACAGAACUACUACUUCCAUCUGCGUCAUCACAAGAACAACACCCACUAAGCGGACACUGUGAAUUUGAUGGAUCGCCGGCAAGGACGGCAUGUGCACAUGUAG